AUGAUGGCGAAUUUAUCUGAUGUGGAGAGUAUUCAGAAGAAGCUUGAAGGUUGCUGGACCCAGAAGAUGGCUGACUUUGAAAAAAGAUUAAAGGCAGCAUCCACCCCAUCGAAUCCUACCCUGGUACAGCUUCAAGAGGACUUUAGUGCAUUUAAGGAGCUGGUGGGGUCAAUGCUCAACCUUCUACAACAACAAGUUAAUGAGUGUUAUAAGACUGUAGACACUCUUGAUAUGCAGCACCGACGGAAGGUUAUCCUCUUUAAUGGCAUCUCGGAGGCUCCUGAAGUAAAUGUGGUUGAAGAGAUUUUGGGUAUAAUCCACAACAAGUUUGCCCUAACUCAUGUAAGUGAUGCUUCUUUUAAGCGCUGCCACAGGAUUGGAGUUCAGCAAAGUGAUAGAAUAAGUCCAGUUCUUGUUCAAUUUGUUGAUCAUACCUUAAAAUCACAAAUCUGGAACUCAAAAAGUAAGUUGAAAGGCUCUGUAGUAUCCAUGUCUGAAUUUCUGACUAAAGCGAGGCAACUUAUUCAUAAGAGAGCCAGAAAACAUUUUGGGUUUAGGAAUGUUUGGACUCUGGAUGGUGUGAUAAACAUUAAACUUCCAUCUCAAGCCCGGGUGAAGAUUACAACUGAAGAAGAGCUGGUAUCGCUGAUUGCCAAAUUUCCCAUGGACUCCCCGUCUUACUCCGGUGCACCUUCUGCUCAUAUUAAAGCUGCAAGUCAUGGAGUCAAAACUAUGCAAACACAGGAAACCUCCCCUAGUUUACAAAGCAUGGUGGGCCGUCGUAAGCAAGUUGUUGUGGUGGCUGGUAGCGAUGAGGCCAAGAAGACUCGUCGGUUUAUAAAUAAGAAA